CCCCGCGUUCCCGGGCGCGCUCUCUCUGUUCGCCCUCAUUCCCGAGGCUCGCUCCGGUAGCCGGCGCCUCCUGCUCAGUCCCGAGGAAGCCAUGGCCAAGUCCAGGGGUCGUCUGUACCUUGGGAUGUGCUUGGCUGCAGCGCUGGCAUCUUUCCUGGGUGGAUUUAUGGUGGGCUGGUUUAGUAAGCCUCUCAAAGAAACAGCCACUUCAGUGGACACUCACCAAAAUCUAAGGUGGAGACUGGUAACUGAGAUGAAAGCUGAAAAUAUUAAAUCAUUUCUUCGUUCUUUUACAGAGCUACCUCAUCUGGCAGGAACAGAACAAAAUUUGCUGCUGGCCAAGAAAAUCCAAACCCAGUGGAAGAAAUCUGGACUGGAUUCAGCCAAGUUGGUUCAUUAUGAUGUUCUCCUGUCUUACCCUAAUGAGACAAAUGCCAACUACAUAUCAAUCACGGAUGAACAUGGAAAUGAGAUUUUCAAUACAUCAUACCAUGAGCCACCACCAGAUGGAUAUGAAAAUGUUAAAAAUAUUGUACCACCCUAUAAUGCCUUUUCACCGCAGGGCACACCAGAGGGGGAGCUUGUAUAUGUGAACUACGCUCGUACUGAAGACUUUUUCAAACUAGAAAGAGAGAUGAACAUCAACUGCACUGGAAAAAUUGUUAUUGCAAGAUACGGGAAAAUCUUCAGAGGAAAUAAAGUUAAAAAUGCCAUGUUAGCAAGAGCCAAAGGAAUCAUCUUGUACUCAGAUCCAGCUGACUACUCUGCCCCUGGGGUACAGCCAUACCCAAAAGGAUGGAACCUUCCUGGAACUGCAGCCCAGAGAGGGAAUGUGUUAAACUUGAAUGGUGCUGGUGACCCGCUCACUCCAGGCUAUCCAGCUAAAGAGUACACCUUCAGACUUGAUGUUGAAGAAGGAGUGGGAAUCCCUCAAAUCCCUGUACAUCCCAUUGGAUAUAAUGAUGCAGAAAUAUUAUUAUGCUAUUUGGGAGGAACUGCUCCACCAGAUGAGAGCUGGAAGGGAAGUCUUAAGGUGAAUUAUAAUAUCGGGCCUGGCUUCAUAGGACAUGAUUCUUUCAGGAAGGUCAGAAUGCAUGUUCAUAACAUCAAUAAAAUCACAAGGAUUUACAAUGUAAUCGGAACUAUCAGAGGAUCUGUGGAACCUGACAGGUAUGUUAUUCUGGGAGGUCAUCGGGACUCCUGGGUAUUUGGAGGUAUUGACCCAACCAGUGGGGCUUCUGUUUUGCAAGAAGUUGUUCAGAGUUUUGGCAAACUGAUGAGUAGAGGCUGGAGACCAAGAAGAACUAUCAUUUUUGCCAGCUGGGAUGCAGAAGAAUUUGGACUUCUGGGUUCCACAGAAUGGGCUGAGGAGAAUGUAAAAUCACUUCAGGAUAGAAGCGUUGCUUAUAUCAACUCAGAUUCAUCUAUAGAAGGCAAUUAUACUCUCAGAGUUGACUGUACACCCCUUCUUUACCAAUUGGUGUAUAAACUGACAAAAGAGAUCUCCAGCCCGGAUGAUGGUUUUGAGAGUAAAUCUCUUUAUGAAAGCUGGUUAGAAAAGGACCCUUCAUCUGAAAAUAAAACUUUGCCUAGAAUCAACAAGCUGGGAUCUGGAAGUGAUUUUGAAGCUUAUUUUCAGAGACUUGGAAUUGCUUCAGGAAGAGUCCGGUACACUAAGAAUAGGAAAACAGAUAAUUACAGCAGCUAUCCAAUAUACCAUACAAUUUACGAGACAUUUGAAUUGGUAGAGAAUUUUUAUGAUCCCACGUUUAAAAAACAGCUUGCUGUAGCUCAGUUACGAGGAGCACUGGUUUAUGAGCUUGCAGACUCUAAAAUCAUUCCUUUCAACAUUCAAGACUAUGCAAAAACUUUGGAAAACUAUGCAACAGAUAUCUACAGUUUAUCCAAGAAAUAUGACCAACAAUUAAGAGACCAUCAAGUAUCAUUUGAUUGCUUAUUUUCUGCUGUGAAAAACUUCUCAAAGUCCGCUUCAGAUUUUCAUAGAAGACUUUCACAAGUUGAUCUGAAUAACCCCACUGCAGUGAGAAUUAUGAAUGACCAACUGAUGUUCCUGGAAAGAGCAUUCAUCGAUCCCCUUGGUUUACCAGGGAGGCCAUUCUAUAGGCACAUCAUCUUUGCUCCAAGCAGCCACAACAAAUAUGCUGGCCAAUCAUUUCCUGGCAUCUUUGAUGCUCUAUUUGAUAUUGAAAAUAAAGCAGAUCCUCGUUCAGCCUGGAAAGAAGUAAAGAAACACAUUUCAAUUGCAGCCUUUACAAUUCAAGCAGCAGCAGGGACUCUGAAAGAGGUGUUAUAGUAAGGUCUCAGCCAACUAGCUGCCAUUAAAAGUCUGAGGAUAAAA